CAUUCAUUUUUUUUUCCUUGUUUUGCAAACUUCGUGGCUCACAUUCUCACUUACUUUCCACGUUUAUUAUGGCUACCCAGUGUACUCUUUAUAACCUGUAGGUAUUAUUGAGCUUGAAGGAGAGAAAGAGAAGAUGUCUCUAGAGAGCAGUAGCGGGGAUAAGAGAUGGGGUCUCCAAGGAAUGACAGCCCUUGUCACCGGUGGAACCAAAGGGCUCGGUUGUGCUAUUGUGGAAGAGUUAGCAGCGCUAGGGGCAAUUGUUCAUACAUGUGCGAGGAACCAAGACCAGCUCAAUGAACGCGUAAGGGAAUGGAAGGAGAAGGGUUUCAAAGUUACUGGUUCAGUCUGUGAUGUAUCCUCUAAUGCUGAAAGAGAGAAGCUGAUGAAGGAGGUUUCCUCUCUGUUUGAUGGGAAGCUUAAUAUCCUUGUAAACAAUGCUGGGACAAACAUAUAUAAAGCGACCUUAGAUUACACAGCUGAGGAUUUCACAUCUCUCAUGAACACAAACCUUCAAUCUGCUUUCCAUUUGUCCCAACUUGCACAUCCCCUUUUGAAAGCUUCAGGGGCUGGAAAGAUUGUCUUCAUGUCUUCCAUUAUUAGUGUGGUAUCUAUGAACCCUCAGUAUCCUUUGUAUUCAGCUUCUAAAGGUGCAAUGAACCAACUUACAAGGAAUUUGGCGUGCGAAUGGGCUAAGGACAAUAUAAGGGUUAACGCAGUUGCACCCUGGUUCGUCCGAACUCCACUCACAGCACAUAGUCUGGAUGAUGAGAGCAUUGCGAAGGAGGUUUUCAAUCGAACCCCCAUGAGACGCGUUGGGGAACCAGGGGAGGUCUCUUCUGUUGUCGCAUUUCUAUGCUUGCCUGCACCAGGUUUCUUAACAGGACAAGUCAUAUGCGUUGAUGGAGGGAUGUCAGUGAAUGGCUUUUCCAUGGGUUGAAAAUGAGCUGCUCUGAGGCGUGAAUUCAUCUACUUGUUGGAUUGAAUAAGGCAGUCUUAUUGCCCUUUGAUGAUGUUGUGAACUGUCCUGUCAAAUCUUAUCAUUUGAUGAUGUUGUGAACUGUCCUGUCAAAUAAGAGGAUUGUCUCAGCCUUGGAGCUAAUUUAAUAUUAUUUAUUUGGGUGUUUUCCAUGGUCAAUAAACUAUUUUUUCAAUUAA